AUGCCACCUAAAUCUCAUCCAAGCUAUGAUGAACAGUAUCCGUUACCUCCAGACUUUUUCAGAUUAAUUACAAAAUUAAAAAAAUCAUGUGUUGGUAAAAUUAUAUCAAUCACGUUUAAUGAAAACGGAAGUGUUCUAGUUGUUAGAAAUGUCGAAAGUCUCGUUCGAAAUGGAAGACCCUCAAGAAGUCGUUUUGGAUCCUACAAUAUAGAAAGUAAAUACGACGAAUAUGAAAUCGAGAAUUUCGAUUUUUUUAACAUGGUGCCGUCAAAUGAAUUUUUCGAUGAUUUACAAUUAGAAACGUUAAAAGAAAAGCUUCAGAAAGCUGAAACUGCACUUGAGGGAAAGGAAAAACAAAUCGAGAUUAAUCGGUUGAAGGGAAAGGGAACAACCAAUUCUUUAAGCAAGGAUUUACUAAAGAAAAUUUUUGAAGAGAUCGAAGCUGAUAAAAUUGAUGAAACCGAAGCUGAUAAAGAUGAACAAAUUUGGAGGAAAAUAAAUUCCAAACUAGAAACGAUUUUUGGUUAUCAACAAACCCUAAAUAAUCCCACCGAUGAAACUCAAAAAAAAAAAUAUUUAUCCUGGAUAUUUGCUUUGCAAUUCUGGGAAAAAUCAAAUAAAUUCCCCAUAACUCACUGGGUAGAACGGGCCAAGACUACAUUUGAUAAUUUCUCCAAUGAAGUGAUUAGUGAUUCUACAGUUUCAGUUUCAAAAAAAAAAUCAUUAUCUAAGAAAAGGGCAUUAUCUGAUGAGAAUCUAUCAAAUAAAAAAUUCAAAUAUGAUAAGGAUCUCGACUCUGUAGCAAAAAUUCUUCGUUCUCAAAUGUCAAAAAAUAAAGAAAAUUACGAAGAAACUAAUCAAGCAAUAAUUUCGAUGGAAAUAGAUUGCGUAGAGAUUGAAUUCGGUGAUAGCAAAGAAUCUAUUGAAUCUGGUUUAGCACAAUAUUUUAAAAGAACCUCGUGUAUAGAUAAAAUGGAAUGCAACUUAGACUAUUUAAAAUGGAAUCACUUCUUGAACUUAAUUCCAGCCUACGAUGCCUUAAUCAAAUUUGUAGAUAAUGAUCCUCCAACAGGUCAAAAAACCCGUUCAAUUAGAGAUAAGAAGGAUAAUUUCAUUCCACUAGGCAGGGCAGCCUGUGAUAAAAGUAAACGCAGAUGGAUUUCUUAUCAAAUAAGUACCUUGCUGCUUAUUAAUACCAGAGAUGAAAGGAAAUUGUGGGUCGCCAUCAAGUUCGUUAAAAAGUUACUGACAAAAGGUUUAUUUAGAUUAGAUUUGCUCAUAAAAAAUAAGAUUCGACCUGAUUUUUUCAAGAAAAUGACUAAAGAAGAUUGA